CGGAAGUGGUGGCUCGGCCGCCUGUGGUUGACGUUGCCGUUAAUGGCGGUGGGGGAGGCGGAGGGUCCUGGCAAGGGGAGCCGAGCGGCUGGAGAACCAGGGCCGUGAAGAGCCCAGCACCGACCACCACACUGGGAAGAGGAGCGUAGAGCGGCGCGUCGAGACCUCGGUAGAGCGGAACAGCGACAGACGCGGAGAAGUACUAACAGUGAUGUGCUGGUCUCCCAAGCCCUCCAGAUGUGCGACCAUGUCCUUCCAGUAACAACAACAGCCUCCUUUCAGGCGUCACUUUCCCACAAGAUGUCCUCACUGAGAGAUCAUCAGAGUUCCCAUAGGGACACCACGACUCAAAGUGUGACUACUAAAAUAACACAAACAAUCAUCUGCUAGUUCAUUAAAAUGAUAGAUGGCUUGAUUUACCCCACCACUAGCUAUUGAAAUACCCCCUAUUUAAACACAUUUGUACUUAAAAAAAAUGUAGUUGUAAACCCCCCUUCAUAGAGGCCGAUUAUUCUGUAGCUAGCUAGCAGAUAAUUGGCGGUUAACGGCUAACGGCAAGGAGCUAGCGGUGGCGCGCGGCUAGCGUGUAGCUAAGCAGAGAAUGGAGUACCACGCUAGUGGCAGCCUGCCUCUGCUGGCGAGACCUCGCUUCUGCCCCGGGGCUAACGCUAACGGCGCUAAUGGUAAUGGAGCUAUCGUUAACGGUGCGGGCACUAGCGGUGGCUACCUCUGCGAGACCGGACACUGCUGUGGAGAGUCGGGCUGCUGUACCUACUACUACGAACUCUGGUGGUUCUGGCUCCUGUGGUCGGCUCUCAUCCUGUUCAGCUGUUGUUGUGCGUACCGCCACCGGCGGGCCAAGCUGCGCGUCCAGCAGCAGCAGAGGCAGACCGACAUCAGCCUGCUGGCCUACCAUGGGGCUACCGCGUACCCGGCCUCCAUGUUGGAUCUGAGUUUCCUGGCGUCUCUGAAGCUGCCCAGCUACGAGGAGAUCGCGGCCCAGCCGUCCACCCCCCCUCCCCCCUACAGCUCGGUGUUCACCUCCCCCCGCUACCCCCAGCCCCCCACCGCCCCGGACCCCCACCUCCUCACACACCACCAGCGCCCCCAGCUGGCCCACUGCAGCGACAUGCUGUCCUCCCUCAGCUCCGACAACAGCUCCAGCUGCUCCUGUGACUCCUGCUGCCCGUCGUCUCCAUGUAGCUCCUCCCUCUCGGUGAACGUCACCUACGAGACGGACACAAGCCACGCCUCCACGCCCUGCGGCGUGCCCCCCCUCCCCCUGCACGUCACCGCGGAGACCGUUGCCUCGGAGGUGGCCCUGGAGGCGGUGCGCAGGGCCCAGUCCAUGGUGGUGGUCGUGGAGACGGUCGCCGUGGCUACCGCUGACCCCGGCGACAACAACGACGGAGGGGUGUCAGGGAGCGUCGCGGACGAGGUGACGGUCACCGUGGAGACCGCGGCGUCGGUAACCACGGCGACGGGAAUUGUGUCGUCGGUAGCGGUAGCGCCGCCCACUCCUGGAGCAGACGACGCUCGCACCGCGUCUCCCACAAUGCCUCAGUCUGACCUGGCCGCCUGCGUCUCCAAAGCCAUCGUAAUCCUGACCGGUCAGAACCCCGGGAGGGAGCGAGCCUGUCCAGGAGAAACGGUCGCUGCAGAGGGACUUCCUGCCCCAAGCCCUGACCUCGUCGCUCCACUAAACCCUAGCCCUGACCCUAACCACGCCCCUACCAUAAGCCACACCCCCAACCUUAACCACACCCCUACAGAUAAGGCCCAAGCUGACCCUAACCCCACACCUAUUCUAAGACCCACCUCUGACCCUAGCCCCGCCCCUAACUUAAGCCCCGCCCCUGGAAGGGGUGAAGGCCCACCGUCCAUCCAGACCUGCAUCCCAACCUCUGGAGCCGACCAGCACAGACCGGCCUCCCCCCCCUCCUCCCCCCCUCCCCCAGUGCUGCUCCUGGCCCCCACGCUGGACUCCCUGCUGGCUCCGCCCGUGAGCCGGUCAGCCAAGACCUCCCUCUCUCCCUCCCCCCGGCCCACCCACUCCGCCACCAAGCAGACCCUCUUCUCCCCCUGCGUGGACGUCUACGAGGCCGGACCCCCUAGCUGGGGGCGGGCGCCGGGGGGGGAUCAGGAGGAGGAGGAGGAGCAGGAGGAGGAGGAGGGGAGGGACGAAGACGACGUGGGCGCUGACGAGAGUCAGUACCGCCACCGCCGGCUGACGGGAGACUCGGGGAUCGAGGUGUGCCGCUGUCGCAUGGAGGAGGAGGAGGAGGAGGAAGAGGAGGAGGAGGAUGACAACGACGACGACGACGAAGAGGAGAAGGAGAGUGGAGGAGGAGGAGGAGGAGGAGGAGGUAAGGAGUCUCUGAGGAGUGGAGGGGAGGGCGGGAGACAAGGAAGUGAUGUCACCGUCGUGCUCCACGACAGCGCCGACUGUCCAGCGCGGGCUCUGGUGCCGACCCCGCCGUGUAGCUCCUCCCCCAACGCCACGCCCACGUCCGCCCCCCUCAAAGACCCCGGCGAGGUCAUUAUCGUCGUGGAGACAGUGUGAUGGACCGUUUACAUAAGUUUACAUAAAGCAGGAAGUGGGACAUUGUUUUAUACAUCACAGCUCUUGCUGCCCGUCAAUGCAUAAACUGUGGUCGUCAUGGUGACAUGGAUGCUACGGCAUCAUGGGUGUUCUGAUAACGUCGCCACGCCACUGUUAGCACUCGCACAUCGGGGACAUGAGGUGUGUGUGAGUGCGUGCGUGUGUGUGUGUGUGUGUGUGUGUGUGUGUGUAAGGAGCAGAACAGUAGAAAUUAUUCAGGCUCAAAGAUACAAGACAGAACAGACAGUUCAUUCUAUUGCUCUCUCUCUCUUCCUUUCUCUCUCUCUCUUUGCCUCUCUGUCACUCACCCUAUCCCACUGACAUCACCAGGCAUAUUGUCCGAGCAAUAGCCCUCAGACAGUACUACACACACACACACUUAGUCACAUGUUAUUUCCUACAGUGUAGCAGCAUAGAUGUGAUGAGUGUCGGCAACAUGAAUAUAUAUAUAUCCAUGAGAGACAGUCCCCGUUUCUACAUUUUGUUAGUCCUGGUCGUGUUUUACACAGCAAUAUCUUUUCUAUAGCUAGCCUGGCUGUUUCAGCACCGGUCGCCGUGGGAGACGCGUUGAAGCGGGACGUUGUGACCCUCAAUGGGCUUUGGGAGCGGACAUCACUUUUCUGGGGGCUGUGGCCCUCCCCCAACCCCUGCCCCCCCCCCCCCCCCCCCUUGGUAGUACAGGGCAACGGUGCCGACAUGAGAUGCCGGGGGAUGGGAGGUGUGUGUUCUCCCCUCCUGGUUGCCGUGACAACAUGCACAGAUGGCCUGGGGAGGAAUAGAAGGAGAAAGUGGGUUCUUGGAGCCCCAUCAUUCCUCUGACCUAAAGGGACUCUAGUAGAGGACUCUACUAGAGGACUCUACAGGACUCUAGUAGAGGACUCUAGUAGAGGACUCUACUAGAGGACUCUACUAGAGGACUCUACAGGACUCUAGUAGAGGACUCUACUAGAGGACUCUACUAGAGGACUCUAGUAGAGGACUCUAGUAGAGGACUCUAC